AUGCCUGUCUCAAAGUUCUCACAUCCCGAUCCUUACUCAUACCAGACUGGCUUCGACUCCUAUCAUGAGACGGAAGCCGUCGAAGGCGCCCUGCCGGUAGGGCAGAACUCCCCUCAGAAGGCACCCUACGGACUUUACGCCGAGAAGCUGUCUGGGACCGCUUUUACUGCUCCGAGGCAUGAGAACAAGCAGACCUGGGUCUACAGAAUCCUCCCUGCAGCUGCGCAUGAGAACUUCAAGGCCGAAGAUGCCGACUCCUAUCACACCAGCAUGACUACAGAGACGCACAAGCUACAUCAUAUCCCCAACCAGCUAAGAUGGGAUCCAUUUGACUUGGAUGAGACGGUGGACUGGGUUCACGGUCUGCACCUUGUUGCUGGCUCCGGAGAUCCCACGUUAAAGCACGGUCUGGGUAUUAUUUUGUAUGCUGCUGGGAAGGAUAUGGGAAAGGAGGCCUUUUACUCGGCGGACGGUGACUUUUUGAUUGUCCCUCAGCAUGGUGUGCUGGACAUCCAGACGGAGCUGGGAAGACUCAUGGUUCGCCCUAAGGAGAUUUGCGUGAUCCCUCGUGGUGUCAGAUACCGAGUCACUCUUCCAGCGGGCCCCGUGAGAGGAUACAUUUGUGAACUUUACCAAGGCCACUACCAGCUACCGGAGCUGGGGCCCAUCGGUUCCAACUGCCUUGCCAAUGCGCGCGAUUUCCAAGCCCCUGUCGCCUCAUUCGAGGAUGAGGAAGAACCGACCGAGUGGCGGCUUUACAGCAAGUUCAACAACACCCUCUUUUCCGCGCGCCAGGACCACACUCCCUUUGAUGUCGUCGCCUGGCACGGCAACUAUUACCCUUACAAGUACGACCUUGGUCGGUUCAACACCAUCGGCUCCAUUUCCUUUGAUCACCCCGACCCCUCAAUCUUCACCGUCCUUACCGGACCAUCAGACCAUGCGGGUACGGCUAUUGCUGAUUUCGUGAUAUUCCCGCCUCGCUGGCUGGUGGCAGAGAACACCUUCCGUCCUCCAUGGUAUCACCGGAACACAAUGUCUGAAUUCAUGGGACUGAUCUGCGGCAAUUACGAUGCGAAGACAGGCGGCGGUUUUCAGCCUGCAGGCGCCAGCUUACACAACGUCAUGAGUGCUCAUGGUCCCGACGCGGACGCUUUCGAAGGUGCCAGCAAUGCUGAGCUGAAACCUCAGAAGGUUGGCGAUGGAAGCAUGGCAUUCAUGUUCGAGAGCUGUCUCAUGGUUGGUGUGUCCGAGUGGGGUCUCAAAACCUGCCAGAAAGUGCAGGAACAAUACAACGAGCACAGCUGGCGUCCACUGAAGAGGCACUUCAAGAACCCUAACAAGGCCUAA